UGACAUUCAAGAUGCCAAUCUAUCAGGAGACUUGCCGCCUUCCAUUUUCGACCUCACAUCGCUGCGCUUGCUCAAUCUGGCGCUCAACCCAAAUCUGACGGGCAGCUUUCCAGAUGCACUCGGGAACCUCCUCCAGCUCACCACGCUGGACAUGCACGGGUGCCGCCUAUCCGGCUCCAUCCCAUCCACCAUCGGUCGCCUCACCAGCCUGAGCUACUUCCUGGUCAACCAGAACCGCCUCUCGGGCUCCCUGCCUGCACAGAUAGGCACCCUCCCCCAGCUCUACAUGCUUGACGUCAUGGAGAACCAGCUGGAAGGGCCCCUGCCGACAUUCGAGGGUGCGAACGAGCUCGGGCACCUCCACAUGAGCAACAACCUCUUCACGUCUGUUCCAGCAGAGAUCAGCAGACUGCCCAAACUGCUGCACCUGCUGAUGGACAGCAAUCGUCUCACCCAUGACUUUCCACUCGCUUUCAACAACACCGACCUCACUGUCAUCUACUGGAGCCACAACGUGAUACCCGGACCCUUCCCUUCCACCUGGUUCUUCCCCCAACUCAAGGAUUUCCUCGUCAGCAACUGCUCUCUACCCGAACAGCCUCUCCCCUCCUUCCCUGUCUCUCUCAACCUCUCCAACCUCGACCUGAGCAGCAACAGCUUCACAGGCGCCAUUCCUGGCACUCUGUUUGAGCAGCACCCCAACCUCGUCAACCUCAAUCUGGCCAACAACGCUCUUGACUCGAGUUUACCCCCAGAAAUCACUACUGCUGCCAAGCUGCAAUCCGUCUUCCUAUCCGGCAACCAGCUCAGCGGUCCCCUGCCAGACCUCUCAUCGCUGCCCAGCAUCGUGUCGCUCUCCCUCUUUGACAACUCCCUCUCCUCCCUGCCGCCCGCCCUGCUUGCCAAGAGCAGCAACAUCACGCUGCAGCUUUUUAACAACGAUCUGUGCAAGCCAUUCAAGCCAGACUACACGCAAGUCUGCUCCCCUCCGACGCCCCUCACCCAAUACACCGCCCCUGCUUUCUGUGACGGCCUCGCCUGCGAGAACGACCUCUACAGCCCUAGCGCACCGCUCUAUAACGAGUCGCUCUCCUGCGUGUGCGUGUCCCCGUUAAGAGCCGACCUGGAGCUGUUUAUAUCGGAUUUCGUGGUGUACCAUGAGGCGCUGGUGGCGCAGUUAGAGCAGCGGAUCUUCUCGGAGCUCGCCAGCAAGUCGCAGAUCAACAUCAGCAGGCCACAGGUGGGUCAUGUAGACUACACCUGGAUCAACUUCAACAGUUCACUCCUGGUUACCCUCUGGGUUUACUCGGAGCUGCAGCAGCUGGAGGAGCGGAUCUUCUCAGAGCUCACCAGCAAGUCUCAGAUCAACAUCAGCCGGUCCCAGCUCCUCAUCUCUGCUAUCAGCAGCCCCGCCUCUAUCUCCUCGCUCGCCUCCACCUUCGCCUCCACCUUUCUGUCUGAUUGUCCCUUUCUGUCCAUCACCGAGGUCCCUUUCCGUCCCUGUCACUCCCUUCCCCUCUCACACCCACCAGCUCCUCAUCUCGGCUAUCAGCAGCCCCGCCUCUCUCUCCUCGCUCGCCUCCACCUUCGCCUCCACCUUUCUCUCCUCAUCUCUGCUAUCAGCAGCCUCGCCUCUAUCUCCUCGCUCGCCUCCACCUUCGCCUCCACCUUCGCCUCGGACCACGCCGAUCAUGAGUCCAUGCUCAUCAUCACCCUCCUCUUCUUCCCCCCCAGGGGCCAACAAUUUCUGAUGACCCCCCUGCAACAUACCACACCCCAGGGCAUCCCCAGAGCGCACCACCCACGAAUCCAGGACUUGAUUUCUCAUCCAUUCUCCCUCCUUUUCCUCCCUCCUCCCAUCACUCCCCACCAGCUCCUCAUCUCGGCCAUCAGCAGCCCCGCCUCUCUCUACUCCCUCGCCUCCACCUUCGCCUCGGACCACGCCGAUCACGAGUCAACGCUCAUCAUCACCCUCCUCUUCUUCCCUCCGGGCGGCGACGACAGCUGGUACCCGCGAGACACACCGCAGGCCAUCCGCAACGCGCUCACCUCGAGGGACCUUGCUGUGCGCGUUGCUCUCGGCAACUUUGGGUUGUUUCGAGUUGCGGGCUUCUACGGCCCCGCGCGUGAGUUUGCCAUAUUGUCUAGCACCCUACAACCCCUCACCACAGCAGCAGAGCUCGUCUGGGCUGAGCACCGCCGCUAUCCCUACAACUCCCCAUCACAGCAGCAGCCCUCGUCUGGGCUGAGCACGGGCGCCAUCGUGGCCAUCUCAGUGUGCUGCGCUGCUGUUGCCAUCGCCCUCAUUGUGGCUCUGCUCAUGCGCCCCUGGGAGAAGCGAAGUGCUCUGGCACUACGGGCAUGGAAUUGCACCAACCGGCAGUUGAUCCUUUCAUCAGCUCCCAUCCAUGUUCCUCCAAUCCCCUCCCGAUCCCCUCACAAUCCCCUCACAAUCCCCUCCCAAUCCCCUCCCAAUCCCCUCCCAAUCCCCUCCCAAUCCCCUCCAAAUCCCCUCCCAAACCCCUCCCGCACCCCUCGCACCCAUUCAUCCUCUCACCGCAGGGUGGAGCCAUGGUGGAACCGUGCAGACUACGAGGCAUUGGAGGGAAUCACCCUGCAGCACGCCCGCCGCUAUUCGCUGCGACAGCUGGCGGAGGCAACCAACGGCUUUGAUGACUCGCUUGUGCUGGGCACGGGCGGUUACGGCAAGGUGUACCAUGGCAUUCUCAACGGCGAGUCGGUGGCGAUAAAGAAAGCAACGGAGAAGCAUCGGCAUGCAGGAGUGGAUUUCAAGAACGAGAUCGAGAUGCUGACGGCGGUGUCGCACGGCAACCUGGUGAAGCUCACCGGCUUCUGUGUGGAGAAGGACGAGCAGCUGCUGGUGUUCGAAUUCAUGGAGGGGGGGGCUCUGGACGCCUGGAUCAAAGGUGGGUGGGUUGACAGUGGAUGCAGUGUGGUUGUGUGCGGUUGGGUGUGUGGAGCAAGGGUUUGCUUCUGUGUGGAGAAGGACGAGCAGCUGCUGGUGUUUGAAUUCAUGGAGGGGGGCGCGCCUGGAUCAAAGCCCGCCAACAUUCUGCUGACAGCAUCUCUGGAAGCCAAGGUGGCGGACUUUGGCAUUUCCAAGUCGCUGCCAGAAAGGGGCGAGCUGGUGCAGGAGGAGAUCAUCGGCAGCAAGGGCUACAUCGACCCACACUUUGCGGUGUCGGAGGUGCUGACGGAGCGCAGUGACGUGUUCAGCUUCGGGGUGGUGCUGCUGCAGCUGGCCACGGGGCAGCCGCCUGUCAUUCAGGGAGUGCCGCUCAGCCAGGUCGUGCUGCACCUCGCCUUCGGCCAAGACGGCCUGCCCGCCGCCAUCGAUCCCAAACUCUCUGACCUUCUCCAGGCUACUGCAGCUGCUACUGCUGCUGCUGCUGCUACUGCUGCUACUGCUGCUACUGCUGCUGCUGCUGCUACUGCUGCUGCUGCUGCUGCUGCUGCUGCUGCUGCUGCUGCUGCUGCUGCUGCUGCUGCUGCUGCUGCUGCUGCUGCUGCUGCUGCUGCUGCUGCUGCUGCUGCUGCUGCUGCUGCUGCUGCUGCUGCUGCUGCUGCUGCUGCUGCUGCUGCUGCUGCUGCUGCUGCUGCUGCGUCGAACGGUGCUUCUUUUCACAGUGCUUCUGCUGCUGCCGUUGCUGUUGUUUCUUCUGCGGCAGGAGGGGAAGUGAGUGCAGGGGAGAUGGUGGAGGGGUUGGAGGAGACGUUCGGCACGUUCCUGCGGGUGGCGCUGUGGUGCACGGCAGAGCACCCCUCGCUUCGUCCCGACAUGGAGCAGGUCGUAUCUGCGCUGCGCAGCAUCAGGGACCAUCUCCGGGCGCUACCUGGGGGAGGCACUCCUGUGGGCCCCGUAAGGGCAGUCCCAAGUGGCACCAGCGGUUAUGGUGCUGCUGACGUGUCGCUUGCCAGUCGUGCCAGCGGUUACGGUUCUGCUGCCCUGUCAUUUGCUAGUCGUACCAGCAGUGCAGUAGCAGGAACAUAUUCCUCUGCCGCCCGGUCACCUGAGAGUGGAGUCACAGGAGGGGUUGCCAGCUUGUCAACCCUCUGGAGCCACUUGCCUGUUUCAACUAGUCAACCGGGGUCAAACUGGUCAAACUUUAAGGUGGAGCAGGGAGGGAUGGGUGGGUAUGAUGACACUGGCACGCACCGUCAGACGCUCACAGGCCCCUAUGCCCGGUAG